ACUCAAUCUAGGCUGAAGAUUAUUCUAGAUAUGACUUGAGAUAUAUUUUAAAGAUAAUUUCUAUCUAGAGAUAGACUAUCUAUUGUACUAUUAUAUAAAGAGAGAAUAUAUAUAUGAAUAUGAAGAGAGAGAUAUGUAGAGAGGGAAGAGAAAAGGUUAAUGAAGAUAAGUAUGGUUUUUCAGGCGAGGUCUCGGUAAGGAAAAAGUGUGGCCCUUAGACACAUACCGUCCACGGUAUCAUCCUUCAUUCUGAGCAUUACUUCUUCUUUUUAAGCUUUCGCUUAAGCUUCUGCCUUACAAAUCUUCCGAUAGAAGGGUCGCUAUAAUGGAGAAUCGAAACAUUGGACCCGACGAUAUCAUAUUGAAAGAGAUCUUCACGAUUGACUUGCCAACAAAAACCACAGUCAUUUUACAGGACUGGAAUAAAUGCGUGCUCAAGGCCGAAUUUUCCAACGGCAUCGAACCAUGUAUUGUCCGACUUGAGAGAGUAGCUGGUGAGUCCCGGAUGUUUCCCAUGAUCGCUGCCCUGCAACAAGUCGCCGCGAUGGUCAUUCCCCAUCUCGUGCCUCGUACGCUUCAGUUCGGCAAGGCCAUGAAUGCAGAGAAAGACGAGUUCCACUUCUCAGUAGUUGAGUUUAUACGUGGUAGCACACUGGAAGAAGUAUGGGGUACACUGAGUGAGGAAGAGCGGAUUUCGGUGGUGGAAGAGCUUGGCGCAGCCCUGGAGAAGUUGCACUCCGUGCGGCCCGGGGAUGAUAACGUUCGGAGAGUCCUUCAGGACAUGACAUCCAUUAACAUGGAGGGGUUGGGUCCUCUCGAGCAGGCCGGGGUUUUCGGUGGUCCUGAACUUGGCUUCUUCCAAGAUGGGCCUUCUCUGCUAGAAGCGAUCGAGAAAAGUCGACGACGCAAAACACCGGCUUGUACCCUUACGACUGGCGACAUCUCGUCUGGGACCACGAUCUUAUCUCACUUCGACGAGAUCGGAACAGCUACUGUAAACACAUCUGACAUGGAGACGUGGAAGUCAGAAGCUGUGCUUUGUCACAACGACCUUACGCCUCGUAACCUCAUUCUUCGAUCAUGCACCUCUCCUACCGGUGAGGUUCGCUAUAAACUGGCUGGUAUUAUCGAUUGGGAGUUUUCUGGAUUCUUUCCCGCCUCAUACGAGCUCAGUCUACAAGACACAUACUUUCCAACAGCUAAUCGACACGUGUCUUACUAUCUAUUACUCAAAGAGCACUUGGGAAAGUUGACACCGCGAAGCUCUUCGCACACCACGCUCUCGAAGGCCAUGGACCUCAUCUACGAGUCUCAGCAGAGAUCUUUGGUGGAAGGCAACAAGAUCCCUGCGAAAAUUCGCAAGAGGUUUCUUGAGACUCUGAAAAUGGUCAAAGAUGAAGAUCCAUAUGUUGGUUGGCGCAGGUCUAGUCAAGAGACACCGUUCGAGGAACUCUCACAAGCGGAGUUUGUAAAAUUAGAGAAUGAUGUGAUUGAGGAGGUAGUUACUAAGAGAAAGGCGAGCGCGGGGACUACUUGAGAUAUCAGAUAUUUUUGGAGGGAAGAACCUCAUAGACGAGCAUUAAUCGUGCCUUCAUCGUACCCAAUGUCAUGCGCCGAGAAGGGAUCGUGCGAGUUGUACGGCGCUUAUAAUACCACCCCGGAAUUUGGGGCUAUUAGAAUGGCUCAGCUAAUUCUAGGCAGGCUAUGGCAACUGAUGCUUCGGAAAUGAAAUGGCUUAGCGGCUUCGAUAAGGAAUUACGAGACUGGACCUAAGUUACUUGACUAACGCUAAGAUUACAAAUGAAU